AUGCCGCAAAGCUUUGACUACCCUUCAAUUCAACCGCGUCCAUUUUCACUUCCCAUGGCCUAUGUAUCACCGCAGGCCCCGUCAACCCCUCAGGCUAGGCCUCUCCCUCUUUUUCAUCCUCACCCUGUUGCACCUCCUCCAUCUCAGAUGACGUGGGGCUCGUCCAGUAAGUCUCCCAUGAGACCCCUAACACCCUCUCUCAACCAGCUUGGCAUCACUAAGACAUCAAAUGAAAGAACGAGCGGUCGAAUCUCCCGCCCUUUGAUUCCGACUGUGGAGCCAUUCCAGCCUGCUUCUUCCCGCGUGACUCUAGAAGUCGAAAUGAUGGCCGUUAGAUCGAAUCAAGCAAUGAAAUCUCAGACCUCAGGCAGUCCAAACCCGCAUGCCGGAAGAAAAGUCUCUCGUCCACUCAGCGCUCAUGUGGCCCCGUUUGAGCCUUCAUCAUAUCAUGUCCCACUUGGAACGAUAGUAUCCCCGGCAGAGGAGAGUGAGGUAUUGAGUUUCAAAAAUACUACAGAACGGUCUGCAGAGCCCCCGGAAGAUCGCUCGUUCACAACUUUCCUUGAAGGUGAUCGGUUAGAAAAAGAAGCAACCAGCCAUUUUUCUAACUUACAGCUGCGCGAGUCGGCCAGAGAUAUUAUCCGGGUCAAACAGCUUGAAAGCGGAUGCCGGCAAUACCUUUUCUCGCCCCAGAGCAAUGUCCCAACCCCAGGCCAUCGAGUGGAGCAGAGAGUCUCUCCUGAGCGGAAUCGACGACUCGAGUCUGUCAACGAAGACACCGAGCUGACAGACCCUGUCCCGGUUUAUCAUGCUCACCAGGAGAUGAUCAACCCUACCUUUGCUUCACAAUUUCCAACAUGCCCAGGAUAUGGUCAUAGUAAUCCAUAUGGUCACUUUACUCCAAACCCCCGUCGCGAGCCUGCUAUGAUCCAGGAAAGUGACUCGUACUUUCCUAGACUGACAACACAGGAGAUCGAAGUACUUACUAGGGCAGCCGAGAGACAGGCUCGACUGUGGCUAGAGGCAGAGAGGAUUGAAAAGGACAGAAUAGAGAUGGAGGACGAGAUGAUGAAGAAACGUGCAAUUGUACAGCUCUCGCUUGAAGCACGUCAGGAUUCCAGGCUAGAACGAGAAGGCUACGACUACACACAACCUGAAGUACUCGUCCGUGACCAUCAACGCCGGGACGAAUCUGCUGCCCGCGCAGCCGAAAGUCAACUCGAGUAUGAUGCCCGGAUCUGGAGGACCUUUUACCCAUUCUGGGGCCAGCAGCCGCCCUGUCCACGAUUCCCAGAGGCUCAUACUCGAGCCAGUAACCGCAAUAUUCAGGAGCUAGUCACCAUGUUCGAGGUAGUCUUCUGUAACAUGGCCGGCUACCGAUAUGGCUACAUCAACUACCGGCCCCUUCAUGUUGCUCCUCCCUCUACGUUGUCCCAGAUGAGUGAACUUCCUCGUCAUCGGCCAAGCUGGAUCCCUGGUCCGGCUCCAACUCAAACCGAUUGGGAAGACCCCAGCAUCUGUGAUAACACAGAUGCUUGCCGCAACAUCCGAGAAAAUGCCUGCUUCGUCCCAUACAUGGAACCAACUGGUAUGCACCGUCCUCCCAUUUCACGAGAUCCAUGCAUCGAGCCACUCAUCGGUCAAGAUACUCUCCCACACAUUCCACCGUUCAUCCCCGACUUUCCGGGCCAGAGUCUACAAGAAAGUGCUUGGCUCCGAGGCAUUUCACUACGGCCGCACCAGCCACCACCAUCUGCGCAAAGCAACUUCAAUCAAGCGAGAAAUAGCACCUCAUCAACGUGGUCUGCCUCAGUCCGCACCAGCGUGAACCCCCCCAGAUUUACGUUCGACCCUUCGCAUGCCCCUGUCAGCAUGAUGGCUCGCAGUCAGGCGCUCUAUCCAGCUCCGGAGAGUCCAAAAUCCUAUAACUCUCCUUCCCCUCGGAUAAGUCGCAGCCAGAAGAUCCAUCGUCAGAUCCCACAGAGCCCCAACUCAUACAGAAACACCCCCUCUUCUCAGAGAGCCCGCAGACAGACAAUCUAUCCAGUGCUGCACAGCCCAAAAUUUUACAACGACAAUUCUUCUCCGAGUACUCGCAAUAAGCACACCUACCGUCAAGGCCCGCAGAGUCCGAACUCGAUUGAUACAACCCCUUCGUCUCUGAAGAGACGUCGCCGACCGAGGAAGAAGUAA